GCGUCUGGGCUGUCAUGGCGGCGGUCAUUGGACUCCACUCGUAUUGCGGACGACUCGCAGGGACAGUCCUGAGGACCCCACGCCGGGCCCUAUGGGGCCAGAACAGAAAGAAGCUGGAAGAAGUAAAGAUUCCUGAGAAGGCAGUAGAGAUUAAAGAAGAGCCUAUUCUGGAAUGUCCACCACCACGAAGUCGAAAGUACAUUCCUCCUGAGGAUCUCCAGAGUCGUGUAGAAUCUCAUGUCAGGGGAGUUUUUGGUACAUGCCUUAAUAAUGAUUGGCAAGAAACCAGCCUGGAAAAGAGUCAGCUAAAGUUUUCUCUGUUGGCACAGCUGGCUGAAGAAUUUGGCCAUGUGGUACCCAACUCUAGGCUUCAUCAGAUGCGCAGUGUCAAGGAUGUUGUUCAUUUCUACAGCAUACCUGUGCAGGAUGGAACUAAAUUUGAUGAGAUUAGCUCCAGGCAGCUGCCUUCCAACUUGAAAAUCACCUGGGAUUACUGAGGCAAAUUGAACUUGAAUUUUAUUUUUCCCCUAAAGGAGAGAGAUUGCUCAUCAGCCCUUUUAAAACUUACUAUCACGUAAAAUUGUUCUGAAGGAGCUCUUAUUCCCAGAAAAAAUGUAUUUUUGAUUCACUAGUGACCUCAUGUGUUAAGAAAGGGGAAAGACAGAGAUUUGUGUUUUCUUUUCCUGCUGGAGAACAGUUUUCUCUCCGGUUUAUGGAAUCAGAUGAUUUAUGCUCUACACAAAGUAUGUGUUUGUUUAAUAAAUAUUUGUUGAAUUGA